AUGAAACAAUAUCCCGAAUCAUAUUGUUUUACAUUGAUGGAACCGACAGACGGUCGUAUCGUUGCUAUUGCGGCUGUUAAUCUGAAAAAAGUACAAUUUGGAUUUUAUCUAAUGAAUGUAGCAUUCGCCCGUUUAGGUCGCGUCGAUCCUAAUCAAAGGCGUAAAUAUCUUCUAACGACUCUCUUUAGUCAUAUGAGUCAGUGGCGUAGUGUUCGACACAUUGAUUAUUCACAAGGUUACACGUCAGUUACCAAUCUACCAUCAUUGAGUUUUCAACGACGUUCACUCGGUGCAGAGCCUGAAGCAGGCAUUGUACUGAACUCUUUCAUUCUACCCACGGGACUCAUUUCCGAUAGUAUUAAAUUACAGAAACUUACCUCGGAAGAAACAGAACGUCUUUGGAUGAUUGAUAUGAUUGAUUGGACUCAGCGUCCAGUUCUAUCAGAUUUACGGCAUAUUAUGCAGUUAAAUGACUAUGUAGGUACUUUUAUUGUCGGUGAUUUCGCUUCACAACAGUUUGCAGCAGCAAUGAUAUGGCAACCAUCAUCUACUGUUCUUUGUGAUGAUCGACUGGAUGUAAACAAUCCAUAUCGUGGUCAAACACAAUCAUCCGUUUCCAUCGAUAUACAAGAAAGAUUUCUCUCUGCUCUGAGCAGUAUGAUGGAUGCUGAUGGUAUCCCAUUUUUCCUCUGUGAUGUUCAAGAAUCUUCACCAUUCAAAUCGUUGCUACAAAGAAGAGCAUUGGCUGCAACAGCACAAUUUGUGUCUCGAACUCUUAUAUCACAACGUAUGACAGAUGUGGUUGAUCAUUUUGUCAAUUCGCCGAUCUGGUUUGAUCCACGUGAUUUCGGUGCUCUGCUAUAUUUUAAAGCUUUACCAGACCAAAUUUCAUCACAAUUGUGA